UUUACAAAGGCGGAAAACAGAAUCCAAAGGUAGAAAAGGACAGAGAAAGAAUGGCAACCCUUCCUUUAGGAAGUGGGGGAAUUGGAAAAGGCCCUUCCGGUGCUCAGUCUGGAAUCCACGGGGAGAUGUUGGCAAGAACUGGGCAGAAGAUGCUGGAAGAAGAAACCAUUGUUUCACAAGUUCAGGCUUGGAAUUUCAGGAAUGUCCAAUAUCAGGAGGAUGAGGGUCCCCGAGGACUUUGCAGCCGACUCCACUACUUUUGUAGUCGAUGGUUGAGACCAGACAAGCACACAAAAGCGCAGAUGCUGGACCUGGUUGUUCUGGAGCAGUUCCUGGCCCUUCUGCCCCUGCAGAUGGAGAGCUGGGUGCGGGAGUGUGGAGCAGAGACCAGCUCCCAGGCGGUGGCCCUGGUGGAAGGCUUCCUCCUGAGCCAGGCGGAGGAGAAGAAGGAGCAGGUUGAGUUGCAGACCUUCGCAAUGGAGAUCAGAGAUCCUGAGGGAAAGAGGCAUCCGUCAAAUCUCCCUCAAGAACUGUCUUUCAGGGGGAUCCCUCAGGAAGAUCCAAUUCAGGACACCUCAGGAGGGGAGAAUAGAAGGAAGUUGACUCUUUGUUUUGGGGAAACAGAAACCAGGAUUGAACCUCCAACUCAGGAGGGUCUUGUGUCCUUUGAGGAGGUGGCUGUGUAUUUCUCAGAGGAAGAGUGGACUCAGCUGGAUCCUCACCAAAAAGCUCUGCAUUGGGAAGUCAUGUUGGAGAAUUAUAAGAAUGUGGCCUCUCUUGGUGAUAAUGGGAUUGACAAUAAAGUAUCUGGAGAACCAAUCAAAGUAUUUAGACAAGGAGAAGUAAUGCAGAAACCUGCAAUUCAAACAGAAUUCCAAAGGCAGGAGGGAAACCUGUCAAAUAACUGGAAUAAGGGAAGCUCAUCUUCAAUUGUUGCUCAGAUGCAGGACUUUAUUGAUCAACAAGGAAAACUAAAGAAUAAAUAUAUUGGGAAAGAUGUAAGACUCUUCAAAGACACAUUAGAUGUAAAUGGAUCCUCUCCAUCACAAGCCAAAGGAGCAGCCAAUAUAUGCGAAGACAAAGGGAAAAAUUACAGUUGGAUAUUCACACUUUCUCAAGAAAAUGGGUCUCUUGAGUCACAGAAAAGUUUUCACAUGGGAGAGAAGUCAAAUAGAUGCAAUGAACAUGGAAACAAGAUUGUUAAUAAAGGGACAUGCACAAGGGAGAAGCCAUUUAUAUGCAUGGAGUGUGGAAAGGGCUUCAGAAGGAACAGUCAUCUUACAUGCCAUCAAAGGAUCCACACAGGGGAGAAGCCAUAUAUAUGCAUGGAGUGUGGAAAAAGCUUCAGAAGUAACAGUGAUCUUACAUGUCAUAGAAGGAUCCACACAGGAGAGAAACCAUAUCAAUGCAUGGAGUGUGAAAAGGGCUUCAGAACAAGCAUUGAACUUACGUCGCAUCAAAGGAUCCAUACAGGGGAGAAACCAUAUAUAUGCAUGGAUUGUGGAAAGGGCUUCAGAACAAACAGUCAUCUUACAUCUCAUCGAAGUAUCCACACAGGGGAGAAGCCAUAUAUAUGCAUGGAGUGUGGAAAGGGCUUCAGAACAAACAGUCAUCUUACAUCCCAUCAAAAUACCCACACAGGGGAGAAGCCAUAUAUAUGCAUGGAAUGUGGAAAGGGCUUCAGAACAAACAGUCAUCUUACAUCACAUCAAAGGAUCCACACUGGGGAGAAGCCAUAUCAAUGCAUGGAGUGUGGAAAAGGCUUCAGUACAAGCAGUUACCUUACAUGCCAUCAAAGGAUCCACACAGGGGAGAAGCCAUAUAAAUGCCUGGAGUGUGGAAAGGACUUCACAAAAAGCAGUGAUCUUACAUGCCAUAGAAGGAUCCACACAGGAGAGAAACCAUAUAUAUGCAUGGAGUGUGGAAAAGGCUUCAGAACAAGCGGUGAUCUUUCAUUCCAUCGAAGGAUCCACACCAGGGAGAAGCUGUAUAGGUGCUUGGAAUGUGGAAAGGGCUUCAGCACACCCCAUAGUCUUAUUUCCCAUAACGUGAUUCAUAGACUGGAGAAUCCCCAAAACAAAGAUACAUUUGGGUGAGAACGUAUGCUAACUAUUGAUUUAAUGGGUUUAUGCAGGAGUGAACCCAUUAAAUCAAUAAUUGGGUUCUAUGCAGGAGUGAGGGGAUGCGGUGGCUCAGGGGUUGAGCUGUCGAUUGAAAGGUUGGCAGUUCGGCGGUUCGAAUCCCUAGUGCUGCUGUGUAACGGGGUGAGCUCCCGUUACUAGUCCCAGCUUCUGCCAACCUAGCAGUUCUGAAAGCACGUAAAAAUGCAAGUCGAAAAAAUAGGGACCACCUUUGGCAGGAAGGUAACAGCGUUCCGUGCGCCUUUGGUGUUGAGUCAUUAUUAUUAUUAUUAUUAUUUAUUAAAUUUUUAUACCGCCCUUCUCCCGAAGGACUCAGGGCGGUGUACAGCCAAAGAUAAAACACCAUACAUAUACAAUUAAAACCAACAAUUAAAACCUAGCAAAUUACAAAAGGCUGAUGAUUAAAAGGUUAAAUUUAAAAUUAUAAAAAAUUUAAAAAACCCAGUAAAAACCCCAAUUUAAGAUUAAAACUAUUAGAACCAUUAUGCCAGUCCCGCUUGAAUAAAUAAAUAUGUUUUUAGCUCUCGACGGAAGGUCCGAAGAUCAGGCACUUGACAUAGGCCAGGGGGAAGUUCAUUCCAGAGCGUCGAUGCUCCAACAGAGAAGGCCCUACUCCUGGGGGCCGCCAGCCGACAUUGUUUGGCGGACGGCACCCUGAGGAGACCUUCUCUGUGAGAGCGUACAGGUCGGUGGGAGGUAUAAGGUAACAGCAGGCGGUCUCGUAAGUACCCGGGCCCUAAGCCAUGGAGCGCUUUGAAGGUGGUAACCAAAAUCUUGAAGCGCACCCGAAAGACCACAGGAAGCCAGUGCAGACUACGCAGCAGUGAUGUUACAUGGGAGCAACAAGUUGCUCCCACUAUUACCCGCGCAGCUGCAUUCUGGGCUAGCUGCAGCCUCCGGGUGCACUUCAAGGGCAGCCCCAUGUAGAGAGCAUUGCAAUAAUCCAAACGGGAAGUGACAAGAGCAUGAGUGACCGUGCAUAAGGCAUCCCGGUCAAGGAAGGGGCGCAACUGGCGAACCAAGCGUACUUGGUGAAAGGCCCUCUUAGAGACAGCCGCCAAAUGAUCGUCAAACGACAGCCGCCCAUCCAAGAGGACACCCAAGUUGCGCACCCUUUCCAUUGGGGCCACUAACUCGCCCCCAACAGUCAGCUGUGGCUGCAGCUGACUGUACCAGGGUGCCGGCAUCCACAGCCACUCCGUCUUGGAGGGAUUGAGCCUGAGUCUGUUUCUCCCCAUCCAGACCCGUACGGCUUCCAGGCACCGGGACAGGACUUCGACCGCUUCGUUGGGGUGGUCCGGGGUGGAAAAGUACAGCUGAGUAUCAUCAGCGUACAGAUGAUAACUCACCCCGAAACCACUGAUGACCUCGCCCAGCGGCUUCAUAUAGAUGUUGAACAGGGUAGGCGAGAGGAUCGACCCCUGAGGCACCCCACAAGUGAGGCGCCUCGCGGACGACCUCUGCCCCCCUGUCAACAUUGUCUGUGACUGGUCAGAGAGAUAGGAGGAGAACCACCGAUAAACGGUGCCUCCCACUCCCAAUCCCACCAACCGGCGCAGCAGGAUACCAUGGUCGAUGGUAUCAAAAGCCACUGAGAGAUCUAAUAGGACCAGGGCAGAGGAACACCCUCUAUCCCUGGCCCUCCAGAGGUCAUCCAUCAACGCGACCAAAGCCGUCUCCGUGCUAUAACCGGGUCGGAAGCCGGACUGGAACGGGUCUAGAUAGACAGCUUCAUCCAGGUGCCGGGGAAGCUGCCAUGCAACCACACUCUCUACAACCUUCGCCACAAAGCGAAGGUUGGAGACUGGACGGUAAUUAUCCAAAAUAGCUGGGUCCAGGGAAGGCUUCUUAAGGAGAGGUCUCACCACCGCCUCUUUCAAGGCGGCGGGGAAAACCCCUUCCACCAAAGAAGCAUUUAUAAUCCCCUGGAGCCAGCCUCGUGUCACUUCCUGAACAGCCAGCACUAGCCAGGAAGGACACGGGUCCAGUAAAUGUGUAGUUGCAUGUAACCUCCCCAGCAACCUGUCCACGUCCUCGGGAGCCACAGAAUCAAACUCAUCCCAAAUAACCUCAACAAGACGAGUCUCAGUCAUCUUGGUCGGAUCAUCACAAUCUUGGUCCAAGCUAUCCCGAAGGUGAACGAUUUUAUCGUAUAGAUAACCGUUAAACUCCUCAGCUCGUCCCUGUAAAGGGUCAUCCCGUCCCUCCUGAUGAAGGAAGGAACGGGUCACCCGAAACAGGGCGGCCGGGCGGUUAUCUGCCGAUGCAAUGAGGGUGGAAACGUAAGAACGUUUCGCCUUCCUCAAUGCCACUAGGUAGGUCUUAGUAAAAGACCUCACUAGUGUCCGAUCAGCUUCGGAACGGCUGGACCUCCAAGAGCUCUCUAGGCGUCUUCUCCGGCGUUUCAUCUCUCUCAGCUCCUCGGAAAACCAGGGAGCCAAUUGAGAUCUACGGCAGGUCAGAGGCCGCAAAGGCAUGCCGGCCAUAUGACCACGGAGACAUCUUCGGACAGUGCUGGCUCUGGCUUUGAAACGGAGAUGAGGACCGCCCCCUGGAGUCAGGAACAAUUAGCAGAUAUGUGUGAGGGGAACCUUUAUCUUACCUUUUAUGCAGGCGUGAAAUCUAAAAAUGUUCCUUACCGGUUCUGUGGGCGUGGCUUAAUUGGUGGGCGUGGCUUGGUGGUCACGUGACUGGGUGGGUGUGGCCAAUAACAAUAAAUAAUAAAAAUAAUGAACAAAGUACACAAAACAAUAAGAGGUACCAAAAACAAACUUUCACACUUUACACACACACAACACAAUACAACUGACUCACACACAAUGUAAAAGCAGCUGCACCUCACCCAAAAUGGCCCCUGCAACAAGCAGGAACCUCAGACAGCUACAAAAAGCUCAAAAACCAAGUUUCACACUUUACAGACACACAACACAACACAACUGACACACACACACACAAAAUGCCACAUAAAGCUUUGUGGGAUUUUGUGUGUUUGUGUAGUUAGAUUGAGAUGCUACAGAAACACACCAAAUCUCAGAAAGCUACACAAAUAUUUUAUUUUAUUAUUUUAUUUAUAUUUUUAGAUAAAAGCAGCUAAAUUGGAAACUUCCUUAACUUUAAAUUGCUAUGUCUAAAAAAAAAAACUAAAAAACCCCCUAAUUAACUAUUUUUUUAAAGCCUCCCCUUAGUUACCCAAUUCAAGGGACAAGGCAGGCAGAUUGAGUUGCUCACCAUGAGAUGGAUUGCAGGCAGGCAGAUUGAGUUGCUAGCUUAUGCAAUUGAUUGCAGCAGCCGAAGCAAGGCAGGAAUAGCGAGCAAGCCCGAAAGAAGCACCAAGCUGCCAAGUAGGCAAGUGGGGACCAGGCGAUUGGGUGGGCAUGGGCAGGGGUUGGGCAGGGAUUUUUGCUACCGGUUCUCCGAACUACCCACCCCCAUUGCUACCGGAUCACCCGAAGCAUUUCACCCCUGGUUCUAUGUAUGAAAUUCUAAUUUACAGACUGAACUCUGAAAAGGGUUUUUGAAUGUAUCUGUAUAUACAGUAUAUAGAAGUGUCAAACUGGAAGCUCACGGGCUGGUUGUGUCACGUGCAGGACACGCCACCCCAGCUCCGCGAAUAGGCAAUGCAAUGUGUUACAUAAUGGCAAAGUCAUGUGGGGAGUUUGAAACCGAUAGUAUAUAGGUUCAUUUUAUUUUAUUUUUUAGAAAUGUGCUUCCUGUUCCCCAACUGUUGUCAUCCUCCCAGUUAGUUAUCGCUCUCAGAGGGAUGCAAAGACGUUUAACAGAUGCUGCUUUCCUAAGCCCAAAAGGAAAAUAUCAAAAAAUAAUCAAAUUGCACCCAUGGUAUUGAACUGGGAUCCCCAAAAAUAAUUAAAUUUGCAUCCUCAGUGUAGAACUGAGACCUGAGUCAGCCGGUCUCUAUGCAGAAACAUUGAACAUUAUUCAGUCAAAGGCCUCAUGAUAUGAGGGAAUUGUCACAUGCAGAUCAAUGUAGAGCGUGUGGGAAGAGCUGAAAGGAUGAACAAUUCCUCUCUCACAAAAGGAGCCAGAAGCGCCCCAAGUGCUUGUGCAAUUUUUGUUUUCAAGCAUUAUGGCCACAUUUUGCUCUUCUGUACUGUGGUGAGGGCUACAAAGACCAUAUUUGAUUUAAAUAAAAUUAAUUAAAUAUCAA